GUAAACAGGCUAUAGUAUUCGGGGCGCUCAAAUUUACUUUGAAUGAUGAAUACGAAGUUAUAGUUAAAGGUAGUGACUGUACAUGGAGAGUUGACAUGAAGACAGCAAACGAUUAUGAGUUAGUAAAAGGAGGAGGAACUCGUAAUGGUUCUCU